AUGGACACAUUGAUGAAUCAAAAUGCCUGCAGGUUCCAUGAAGAACCUGCCGGAUCUUACAUGAGUAUGUCUAAGGAUGAGACAAAACCCCCGAGAAAGGCAGAGCAGCCGGCCAUAAGGGUUGGCUUCUUCCAGUUGUUCCGUUUCUCCACAAAGCGAGACGUCCUGAUGAUGCUGGUGGGCAGUGUGUGCGCGGUGCUUCACGGCUCGGCACAGCCCCUGAUGCUGCUGGUGUUUGGCCUGCUCACAGACACGUUCAUUGAGUACGACAUGGAGCUGAAUGAACUCAUGGACGACAGGAAAGAGUGUUUUAACGGCACCAUCCAGUGGAGGCGGAACUACACUGCUGGACUGAACACAAGCCAGUCCGCCUGGGGCAUCAUGAACAAUUCAACAUGGGAGAUGCUCACUCCUCUGAGCGGCCGCCCGUGUGGGAAUCUAGACAUUGAAUAUGAGAUGACCAAAUUUGCCUUUUACUAUGUUGGGAUUGGAGUAGCUGUGUUUGUGCUUGGCUACUUCCAGAUUUCUUUGUGGGUGACAGCGGCAGCCAGACAAAUUCAGCUGAUCAGAAAACAGUAUUUUAGUAAAGUGAUGAGGAUGGAGAUUGGCUGGUUUGAUUGCACUUCUGUUGGGGAGCUCAACACUCGCAUGUCUGAUGAUAUAAACAAGAUCAACGACGCAAUAGCUGAUCAAGUGGCCAUUUUCCUGCAGCGUUUUACUACUUUUGUGUGUGGUUUUUGCGUUGGCUUUGUGAAAGGCUGGAAACUGACUCUUGUUAUUGUGGCUGCCAGUCCUCUGAUUGGUCUUGCCACUGGCCUCAUGGCUUUGUUUGUGGCCAAGCUGACGGGCCUAGAGCUGCAGGCCUACGCUAAAGCAGGAGCUGUGGCAGACGAGGUUCUCUCCGCUAUCAGAACGGUGGCAGCUUUCGGGGGGGAGAAAAAAGAAGUGGACAGAUAUGACAAGAACCUGGUGUCAGCGCAGCAGUGGGGCAUCAGGAAGGGCCUCAUUAUGGGCUUUUUCACUGGAUACAUGUGGCUCAUCAUCUUCCUCUGCUACGCUCUGGCCUUCUGGUACGGGUCUGGUCUGGUGGUGGACACACAGGAGUACACUCCAGGAACACUGCUGCAGGUGUUUUUUGGGGUCUUGAUAGCUGCUAUGAACUUGGGGCAGGCCUCCCCGUGCCUGGAAGCUUUUGCUGCAGGCCGUGGUGCUGCGACCAGCAUCUUUGAAACUAUUGACAGAGAGCCCGAGAUCGACUGCUUAUCAGAGGCUGGAUAUAAACUGGACAGGGUCAAAGGAGAUAUUGAGUUUCACAAUGUGACUUUCCACUACCCCUCAAGGCCUGAAGUGAAGAUCCUGGAUCAGUUGAGUGUUGCAGUAAAAACUGGAGAAACCACAGCAUUUGUUGGUCCGAGUGGAGCGGGAAAGAGCACCGCGGUUCAGCUCAUCCAGCGCUUCUACGACCCCAAAGAGGGCAUGGUGACCCUGGAUGGUCACGACAUCCGAGGGCUCCACAUCCAGUGGCUGCGCUCUCUGAUUGGCAUCGUGGAGCAGGAGCCAGUCCUGUUCGCCACCUCCAUCGCAGAGAAUAUCCGCUACGGCCGCCCAGGGGUGACAAUGGACGAUAUUGUUAACGCUACAAAGGAGGCCAACGCAUUUCACUUCAUUAUGGACUUGCCACAGAAAUUUGAAACUCUGGUGGGCGAGGGUGGGGGUCAGAUGAGUGGAGGUCAGAAGCAGCGCAUAGCAAUAGCCCGUGCACUGGUCAGAAACCCUCGUAUUCUGCUGCUGGACAUGGCCACAUCUGCCCUGGACAAUGAGAGUGAGGCUGUGGUUCAAGAAGCCCUGGAUAAAGUGCGUCUGGGUAGAACUACCAUCUCCAUAGCCCACCGCUUGUCCACUAUCAAGAAUGCAGAUGUUAUUGUGGGUUUUGAACACGGACGCGCUGUUGAGAGAGGCAAACAUAAUGAGCUGCUGGAGAGGAAAGGAGUCUACUUUACCCUGGUCACACUGCAGAGCCAAGGGGAUAAAGCUCUCAAUGAGAAAGCCAGAGAAAUGGCUAACGCUGAAGAGGAGCUGGAGGGCAGCAACAUCAUCAGAGCAGGAAGCUACAGAGACAGUCUGAGGGCCUCCAUUCGCCAGCGGUCCAGAUCACAGAUGUCCAGCCUCAUUCCUGAUUCAGUUUCGUUCACUGGAGAUCUCGCCCCUCGAGCAUACUCGUUUUCUCAGGCAAAAGAAUCAAAGGCUGAUGCACUCGCUGAAGUCGAAGAGGAGCCGGUGGAGCCAGCCCCCGUGGCCAGGAUCCUCAAGUACAACGCGCCUGAGUGGCCCUACAUGUUUUUUGGCUCCAUUGGAGCUGCCGUUAAUGGAGGUGUCAUCCCUGUGUACUCUCUGCUUUUCAGUCAAAUCCUCGCUACUUUCUCUGUUACAGAUCCUGUGAAGCAGCGCAAAGAGAUAGAUAGUAUUUGUCUGUUCUUUCUCAUGGUCGGAGUGCUUUCUUUCUUCACACAGAUGCUUCAGGGUUAUUCCUUUUCAAAGUCUGGAGAACUGUUGACCCGGAGGCUGCGGCGGCUGGGCUUCCAUGCCAUACUGGGCCAAGAGGUUGGCUGGUUUGAUGAUCACAGGAACAGCCCUGGAGCCCUGACCACACGGCUGGCCACAGAUGCCUCACAGGUCCAGGGGGCUACUGGCUCCCAGAUUGGAAUGAUCGUGAACUGUCUGACCAACAUUGGCGUGGCCCUCCUGAUGUCCUUCUACUUCAGCUGGAAGCUCACGAUGGUCAUCAUGUGUUUCCUUCCCUUUAUCGUUCUCUCGGGAGGAUUUCAGGCUCAAAUGCUCACGGGUUUUGCCAAACAGGACAAAGCAGCUAUGGAGGCAGCCGGACAGAUUUCUGGUGAGGCCCUGAACAACAUCCGGACCAUCGCUGGACUAGGGAAAGAGAAAGUGUUUGUGGAAAAGUUUGAGGCUCAGCUCCAUGUUCCGUACGAGGCUGCCCUGAAGAAGGCCUACGUGUACGGGGCCUGCUACGGCUUUGCUCAGUGCAUCGUCUUCUUCACCAACUCAGCCUCCUACAGAUUUGGGGGAUACUUGGUGCGACAAGAGGGGCUCCAUUUCAGUCUGGUUUUCAGGGUGAUCUCGGCCAUCAUUACAGGUGGUCAGGCCUUGGGCAGAGCAUCAUCCUACACACCAGACUACGCCAAGGCCAAGAUCUCAGCCGCACGGUUCUUCCAGCUGCUCGACCGUGUGCCUCUGAUCAGCGUCUAUAGCGACAAGGGACAUAAAUGGGAAAACUUCCAAGGCAACAUUGAGUUCAUCGACUGUAAGUUCACCUACCCCACCAGGCCUGACAUCCAGGUCCUGAAUGGUUUAAAUGUGUCUGUGAAGCCGGGCCAAACCCUGGCCUUUGUGGGCAGCAGCGGCUGUGGCAAAAGCACCAGUGUCCAGCUGCUGGAGAGGUUCUACGACCCAGAUGCUGGCCGUGUGCUGAUUGAUGGCCACAACUCGACACAUGUCAAUGUGGCCUUCCUGCGUUCCAAGAUUGGCAUCGUGUCCCAGGAGCCCAUCCUGUUUGACUGCAGCAUUGCAGACAACAUCAAGUAUGGAGACAACUCCAGGGAAAUCAGCAUGAAUGAGGUCAUCUCAGCGGCUAAGAAAGCCCAGCUCCACAGCUUUGUCAUGUCCCUACCAGAGAAAUACGAAACAAACGUUGGAGCACAGGGCUCGCAGUUGUCUCGUGGUCAGAAGCAGCGGAUUGCCAUUGCCAGAGCCAUCAUUCGAGAUCCCAAGAUCCUGCUGCUGGACGAGGCCACCUCCGCUCUGGACACAGAGAGUGAGAAGACUGUGCAAGACGCCCUGGAUAAAGCCAGAGAGGGGCGCACCUGCAUCGUCAUCGCCCACCGCCUGUCCACCAUCCAGAACUCAGACAUUAUCGCCGUCAUGUCCCGCGGGUAUGUCAUCGAAAAGGGUACGCACGACCACCUCAUGGGCCUAAAGGGGGCCUACUACAAGCUGGUUACCACGGGAGCGCCAAUAAGCUAA